UAUAUAACGGAGAAAUGAAACAUUUCUGUAGCCUAAUAUUAACUGAACGUAUUUCUUAUAUUUAACGACAUCUCUGACAACGUCGCAAAUAAAUAAAUGUCACUGUCAACGUCAAAACGAUUUUUUUCUAUAAAAAAAAAACAAUUCAACAUAAUUUUAUAAGGAAUUCUCUAAUAACCUAAUAAGUUAAAUAACAAUUAUUAAUCUGCCAUAAAUAAAUACCGUCGGCUGAAUGCAGAUUUUAUAUCCCACAAGGCUCCUACUGAAAACGUUCGCCAGGGGUAGAGUAAGAAGCCUUAAAAAAGUCUCUUUUUACAGCACCGUAACGCAUUUGGGCAAAUCAAACUCUAAAAUGUCUAAUGCGAGUGAGCUUCUUAUUCGUAGGGUGGAUAAUAUCACCAAAUCACAGGAAGAUAGUCGAGUUUAUAGGGGAUUAGAGCUUAAAAAUGGGAUGAAAGUGUUGCUAGUUAGUGAUCCAAACACAGACAAAUCUGCAGCAGCCAUGGAUGUAAAUGUGGGUUUUCUAAGUGACCCCAAAGAAGUCAAGGGUCUGGCUCACUUUUGUGAACACAUGCUCUUUCUAGGCACUCAAAAGUACCCCAAUGAGAAUGACUAUAAUAAGUUCUUACAGGAGCAUGGGGGUAGUAGCAAUGCGGCUACUUACAUGGACCACACCAUGUACUAUUUCGAUAUUGUGCCUGAGCACUUAAAAGAGGCCCUGGACAGAUUUGCCCAGUUUUUUGUAUCUCCCUUAUUUACUGAAAGUGCCACAGAAAGGGAGAUUAAUGCAGUGAAUUCUGAGCAUGAUAAAAAUAUCCCAAGUGAUGUGUGGAGGAUUAAUCAGUUGGAUCAGCAUUUGUGUGAUCCUGAGCAUGCUUAUAACACUUUUGGGACUGGUAAUACUUACACUUUAAGUACUGUAUUAAAGGAGAAGGGGAUUAGUGUGAGGGAUGAACUUUUAAAGUUUCAUAAUAAGUGGUAUUCAUCUAAUAUUAUGUGUUUGGCUGUAUUAGGAAAAGAAUCACUAGACGAACUAGAAACAAUAGUCCUUGAUCUGUUUUCUUCAGUAGAAAACAAAAAUAUUGAGGCUGAAAGAUGGGAAAAACACCCGUUCAGAGAAGACCAAAUGUGUACAAUCACUUACAUAACCCCAGUAAAAGAUGUCAGGAAUUUAAAUAUAGUGUUUCCAUGUGAUGAUUAUACUCAGUACUAUAAAUCUGCGCCUACAAACUAUAUAAGCCAUCUAUUGGGACACGAGGGCCCCGGCAGUCUGUUGUCGGCCCUAAAGGCACGCGGAUGGUCCAACCAACUGGUGGCCGGCCAAAGAACCAACUCUAGAGGUUUCAGCUUGUUUGGGGUUAAUGUGGAUAUAACUGAAGAGGGGAUGAAGCAUAUUAACGAUAUCGUUACGCUAACAUUUCAGUAUUUAAAUAUGUUAAAAAAAGAGACGCCUCAACAGUGGGUCCAAGACGAGAACCGGGAUAUCGCUAAUAUGGUGUUCCGGUUUAAGGAUAAAGAGUCCCCCAGGUCGUACAUCUCAAAUAUAGUCAAUUAUUUGCAGCAUUACCCGUUAGAAGAUGUUCUAUGUGGCAGUUACCUGUUGGAAGAGUGGAGGCCCGAUUUGAUCGAAAAGGCCUGGAGCAAUUUCACACCUAAGAAAAUCAGAGUAGCAGCUAUAGCGAAAUCUUUUGAGAACAUUUGCUCCGAAACGGAGCCCUGGUACGGCACCAAAUACAACCAAGUGAAGCUUCCCGAAGAGACUUUAAAGAUGUGGGAAACUUGCGGCUUAUGUGACGAAUUUCGGCUGCCUGACAAAAACGAGUUUAUUCCGGACGAUUUUACAUUGUACAAGCAGGAGGAUUCGGUUGCGGAUCAUCCCACGAUAAUCCAAGACACCCCGUUGACCCGAGUCUGGUUUAAACAAGACGACAAAUUUCUACUUCCGAAGGCGAACGUGAUGUUCGACUUCGUCAGUCCGAUGGCCUAUUUGGACCCUUUAAAUUGCAAUUUAACCCACGUGUUUGUCCAACUGUUCAGGGACGCCUUAAACGAGUACGCUUACGCCGCCGAAUUGGCCGGAUUGAAAUGGGAGUUAAUUAAUACCAAGUAUGGAUUGAUUCUAGGCAUUGGAGGUUACAACAAUAAACAGCACAUCCUGCUCAGUAAAAUCAUGGAACGCUUGGUCAAUUUCAAGAUCGACCCGAAACGAUUCAACAUUUGGAAGGAGAAUUACAUUAGAAACCUGAAAAACUUUUCGACGGAACAGCCCUACCAGCACGCGGUCUAUUAUUUGACGGUUUUAUUAACGGAACACUCGUGGACCAAGGAGGAGCUGUUGGCCUCCACAGACCAAAUCACUAUUGAUCGUCUGGAAGCCUUUAUACCUCAGAUCCUCUCCAAGAUGCAUAUAGAGUGUCUAAUUCAUGGCAACGCCAACAAGGAGAGGGCGCUCCAGAUGGUGCAAAUCGUUGAGGACGCCCUGACUUCUUCUAAUAAUAUGUCACCGCUGUUGCCUCGACAGUUGUUACUGAAUAGGGAACUGAAAUUGGAGGAUGGAUGCCAUUAUUUGUAUGAGAAACAAAAUGGGGUUCACAAAAGCUCUUGCAUAGAAGUUUACUAUCAAUGCGGACUGCAGUCGCGAGAAAACAACGUGAAACUGGAACUUUUUUGCCAGCUGAUUCAAGAGCCUUGUUUUAAUAUACUGAGGACAAAAGAACAACUGGGAUACAUAGUAUUUAGCGGAGUGCGAAAAUCGAACGGAGUACAGGGAUUAAGGAUUAUCGUGCAAUCGGACCGGCAUCCCACCUAUUUGGACGGUAGGAUCGAGGAGUUCUUGAAAGGAAUGAGGACUUACAUAGACGAGAUGACCGAGGAGGAGUUUUUAAGACAUAGAGAAGCUUUGGCCGCCCACCGUCUCGAAAAACCGAAACAAUUAUCGGCCCAAACCAACCAGUUUUGGGGUGAAAUCACGUCGCAACAGUACCACUUUAACCGGGCUGAGUCGGAGGUGGCCUUUUUACGCACGCUCACGAAAACCGACAUUUUGGACUUCUACGAGGAUAUGCUUAAAAACAACGCAAACCGUCGCAAAAAGCUUUCGGUGCACGUGGUAUCGACGGCAGAAGGCGGCGCAGGCGAUCCAGCAAAUAACAAUGCGGACGGCAACAACGAGACUCCGACGCCAGAUUUGGGUGCCAACGUCAUCAAUGACAUUACAGUAUUUAAGAGUUCACACGAAAUGUACCCUCUGGUGCAACCCUACAUAAAUAUCACCAGGAAGGGUAACAAGUGCAAACUUUAAAUGUAUUUAAGGGUUUUUCAGAUAUAUUUUACUCGUUAUGUGAAAUGACAGAUUUAUUGUUGUAUACUUAGAUGUAUAUAUGUAGGUUUUUACUUUAAUUUUAGGCCAAUAAACUUUGGUUUUGAACUUAAGCGUUCCUUGAGUUGUUAUUUUAUUGGAAUAAAAACAUAUUGGAUCUAUUAUUA